GUUUUAGAGUUGACAAAAAAACAAAACUACAUCCUGUUUCCACGGAAACACGCGGACCCGGAAGUUGUCCUCGUUCCGCGGGUCUUUCGGGACAAAACAACACAGCACGUCAGUGUGCAGAAAUGGCGGCGGUAAAUACCAUGGAGAAGAAACUGGCUGAAUACAAGUGUGACACCAAUGAAGCUUUAUGCUUAAAACUGGUUCGCUUUCCGGAGGAUGUCGAGGAUGAUAGCACCACAUUCCACCCGGAGUACAGCCACCAGAUCUACGGGGAUGAUGAGGUCGCUUUUGGAUACAAAGGUCUUCAGAUACAGCUGUUCUACACCGCUGGAAACCUGAGCACCCUCUUCAAAGUGAAAUAUUCCUCAAAAGUCACUGAGGUGUUUGAUUGUGUGGAGCCAGACGACAUCGAGGGAAAGAUCCGGGAGAUCGUUCCCGCCGGGUUCACCUGCAACGCCGACGACUUCAGCUCGCUGCUGGAAAAGGAGGCCAACUUCAAGCCCUUCGGCACGCUGCUCCACACGUACACCGUCCACAGCGAGGAGGCCGGAGAGCUCACGUACCAGAUCCACAAGGCCGAAGUCACUUGCCCCGGAUUCCUGGAGUACCACGAGCGCCUGCAGACCUUCCUCAUGUGGUUCAUCGAGACGGCCAGUUUCAUCGACGCCGACGACGAUCGCUGGGACUUCUUUCUUGUAUUUGAAAAGUACAAUAAAGACGGGGAGACUCUCUACGCGACUGUUGGCUACAUGACAGUUUAUAAUUACUACGUGUAUCCAGACAAAACCCGACCACGUGUAAGCCAAAUGUUGAUCCUGCCUCCGUUCCAAGGAGAAGGUCAUGGAGCUCAGCUUCUGGAGGCAGUGCACAGAUUUUACUGCAGCCUUCCCAAAGUGCAAGACAUCACAGCUGAAGACCCGUCCGACAGCUACGUGAAGCUGAGAGACUUUGUGCUGGUCAAGUUUUGUCAAGGCCUGCAGUCCUUCUCCGCGGACAAGCUACACCUCGGCUUCUCAGCCGACAUGGCCAAGGAGGCACAAGACAAGUUGAAGAUAAACAAGAAACAUGCCAGGCGAGUGUAUGAAAUCCUGCGCCUGAGGGCGACAGACAUGAGCGAUGAAGAACAGGCCCGAGCGUUCCGCUUGGAGGUGAAGAAGAGGCUGUUUGGGCCGUACAGGAAGAAUCAGAGGGAGCUGACAAAGAUGAGGAAGUGCCUGCGGCCGGAGGAGCUGGUGUCCCACAUGGAUCAGAUGGACACUCAGACGCAGCACGAGGAGCUGGAGAAGAGCUAUCAGGGGGUCGUGGAAGACUACAGGAGAAUCAUCGAGAGGAUCGCCACACAGGCCUGAUGAUGGGGACUCUAAAGCGGCGCCGGAUCGGAGAGCUCGCCCCUCUCGGGCAAACGGGUGAUCCGCCCCACCUGUACAAAGCCCACGUCACCACAGAAGAAACUCGGAUUCAUUGUGGCGGAGUCGGCGGGCAGACUGCAGGGGGAGACGGCGCUUUCCCAGCCGACGUUGAUACUGUAGAGGAGUGUGCAGCUGGAGGGUUGUGACUUUCUGUUGGUCUCAUUAGUGUAAUCACUUUGUGUGGGAUUGACUGAUGCAUAAUAUUUCAGAGGUGGUUGGAGGUCCUCUGCCCUGCAGAGAAAUCCUGCUUCUUCUCCAUUGUAGACACUUUUUUUAAGGAUCUUUUUUCUCAAAAACAAUUCUAAAAUGUGUGUUUUGAAGCACUUCAUACUGAAAAUAAAAGAACAUUUUGUAUAUUGCUCAAA